AUUACUCGGACAGCUAGAAGAGUCGGUCGGUCGGUGUGCUUGAAAAAAAAAUGCUCAGUAAUUCGGUGGCGGUGCGUUUGCGUUUUUGAUUAGUCCAAAAUUGGUUACGAAAACGGUGAAAAUUUUUCGUGAAGUCCGUAAAGUGCGUCUCUCUGUUCCGCGGAUGGUGUUAGAAAAUGAAAAGCAUCGGAAGCAGCAGCGACAGCAGCACAACCAUCAGUGGAAGUAGGAUCUCGUCGUCAUCAUCAUCGUCAUUACAGCAGCCCUCGGCGGAAAGCCAGAAACUAGCAACAGCAGCAACAACUACUACUACUACUACUACAAGAAGUCAGAUUCAGAAGAUCAUUCAUUAUGGAGGAAAAGAAGGUCGCUGCUCAUCAUCGCCUAGCUACCAGUGGCAGCCGAAGCAGAAACAUCCAUCGGAUCUCUGCCAACAGCUUCAGCAGCCACAGCAGCAGCAGCUUGCCGUGUUCUGAAUGAUGAUGCUUUGAUUGUGACAGAUCGAACUCCACGCAAUCAUUUUUUUUCUACUUUGAGAAUUGUAAACAAAAUGUGAACUGAUAGAACAAACUAUCUUCUCUUGUUGGAUGAAUGCAGUUAAAGGAAAUUUCGGAUGGAAUAAUCAUAACCUAUUGUAGAAUAUUUGGAGAUUUCGAUAGCCUGCUUGAAACGGCAGCAGGUUAAAAAAAAGUUAUUUGUUAAAUUUAGUAGAAAUAAGUGAGACAGGAAGAUUUUAAACGUUCAGAUUGUCGGAAUAUUUUUUUAAAUCAAGAGUGAUAGGCCAGAGUGUGUGUAAAUAGUGAUUUGCGGAAGAAGAUAAUUCUGUCGUUUCAUUUGUAUACGACAACACAAAUACGCUAGUGUACCACCAGUGAGAAGAAUACAAUCGUACUCGCCCAAGAUUUCAGCCGCGACCUCGAGCGAAGAAAAGCGAGCAAAAGAAACACAAAUCGUCAAUCAAACGGGAAGCAAAACAAAUCAUUGAGCCAAUUCGGAUUUGUACCGAGUGACUAUUGCAGCAUCAGCAGUAGCACCACGAAUGAGAUUGUUGCAAUUACGACCAUGGGCAAUUGCAUCGGAAUUAAUCGCAGCGAUCCGGAAACCCUCGAUACCGGAUCCGCCAACGUAACCCGGCCAGUGACGGGUAACACAUCCAGCUACGUCGGCACUCAGCGCAAGAAUCACCCGCUGUGCCACGAGACGAUCCGCUGGAAAUCGGAAGUGCCAUUAACGGAGGGACAGCUUCGCAGCAAGCGGGACGAGUUCUGGGACACGGCUCCGGCCUUUGAGGGCCGCAAGGAAAUCUGGGAUGCGCUGCGGGCGGCGACCAGUGCCGCAGAAGCGCUCGACUUCCAGCUGGCGCAAGCCAUCCUGGACGGGGCGAACAUCUCCGUUCCCAAUGGGUACCUCACCGAGUGCUACGAUGAGCUCGGAUCGCAGUACAAGCUACCAAUCUACUGCUUAUCUUAUCCGAUCAACAUAGUUAAGGAGGAUUACGGACGUGACUCGCCUGCGGAAUACUCGGAACCAGUGGACGGAGGCACCGAAGUCAUUCUAAAGCUGCGGCUCUCGUCUACCUGUACAGAUGUUAAAUUACCAGUUUAUUCUAAAGACACAAUCGGUCAAUGUAAAAAGAAAUUACAGGCCCAGGAGGGAAUCGAUGCAUUUACACAGCGAUGGUUCUACGGGGGCAAGCUGCUAGGUGAUAAGAUGCACAUCGAUGAGGCCCACAUACAGCCCGGCUACAUAGUGCAGGUUAUUGUAAAUACCGAAAAACAAUCGUCGCUGGCGAUUAGCUAGCCAAGAAACAAUCGUAAAUGCCGGCAGCAAUCCCAUCAGCAACAACAAUUUUUAACUAACGGCUGGAACGGUGUGGAAGUCGCAGUCUUGGUGCCGGAUCCGUUGGGAACCGCCGCCUGUCGGAGUCGAGAUGUGUUAAUAUAUGCUAAAUACUAUUCAAAUUGAAGUUUUGAAUUGGGUCGAUCUUGCUCUAGAACUUUUGCACGCGGUCACAGGUGCUGCCUCUCAGGGGAAGCAUGGUUGUGUUGCGUUUCAGCUGUGCGCGCAGUUUUCAGGAUGUUGAGAGCUAAUUAGGACCUAUCGAGAAAAAAAAAAAUGCUGAUGAUAAAGAUAGUAAGAGGAGAAAGAGAAACUAAUUUAAGUAAUCAAAUAGUUAUUACAAUUACUGAUAAGAGGUAAUUAAUAUAUUAUUGAGAGAUAACAAAACAUAUUUAAAUUUUA